AUGUUUGGUGUGAACUCCCCUCACUUCAACGGCAUCACGGCGUUGAUAUUUUUCUGUGGUAUGGGCCUUCUGGCACCUCUACCGAUUCUUUCGUCGAUAUCUGAGGAGGGAGAGGAAGCCACUGAUGGUGAGGAUAGAUACCGUGUGGUGGAAAUAGAAGACCAUCAGCAAACUGGACAGAGUACCACAACUCCUCCAACACUCGUUAUGGGAGAUACCUCUGAUGAGGCCACCAACCCGGAUCAUACGAUGAAUGAGUUGACACCUCUUGGCCGAGGAAGGCGCCUCAGUGUCGAUGACUGA